AUGUUAUUUGUUCAAGCCAUGUAAAAUGCUUUAUCAUCUCCAAAACACUAUUAAUAACAAGAGAAAUUUAUUAAAAAGAAUAAGACUUAAAAGGAGCAAAUAGAUGGAUCAAAAUUGGCAUUACUGUUACAAUUAGAAGCUAUUUUUCAUGAAAGAAUUUAUAGUUUGGAACAUAUUACAAAAACUGUAGAAAUCUAUUGUUACCUUGUUGAGUAAUUUGACUCAGACCAAUAGAGCUUAAAAGAUUAUUUCUUAGAAAAAAUCUAAUUUCUAUUGAGCAGACCAGAAACCAUUAAGUUAAUGAUGGAAGAUAAUGAAGAAUCAACUGCUAUUUAAAAUAGAUUUACCUCUAUUGCUUGUGGUCAAAAUUUGGAUCAGUUAAAGUUCGAAGAGGAAACCAGAUUUAAUAGACCUUUUCUUUAAUAAAACUUAGACUCAAACUCUAAAAUGAGAUUUAGUGUUUUUAAAAAACAUUAAGCAAAGGAGAGAGAAAUCUGUAUGGAAGUUUAAGAAAGACAACACGAUUAAAAGAUUGAUGUUAACUCUCUUUUAUAAUAGUACGAUCAAAUUUCAAAGGAGUAUGAUGAAGCAAUUAAGAAAUAAUUAAAUGACCAAAAUAUAGCAUUAAAUCUUAGAAUGGCUAACAGGAAAAAUAAUAAGGCUAGUAAGAGAAAGUCUAAUUCUUAAGAAAACUAGAGACAAACAGUAGUAAAUCCACUUAGAACUACGUUAUCUAAAUGGAAACUUAUAUCAGAAAUUCAAGAAAGUGCUAACUUUUGGAGGCAAUCAAUAAAUAAAAUGAAGAAAUGA